CCGACAUGGCGUCAACUAAUUGUACAGCUUUUCCGCUCGACAAGCGUCCGGAAAGCUACGAGAAGUAUGAGUUUACGCUACCGGAGCAGUACCGGAAGCUCGCCCUAGAGGAACUGCGGGAAGAUGACGAGAUUCGCGAGCAAUCGUUGGCGCAGAUGCGCGAGUGGAUCGCCAAACAUCCCUACAUCCGAAAGUGCCGUACGGAUGCAUCAUUCUUGUUACGGUUCCUCCGUUUUCGAAAGUUCUCCGUUCCAACGGCGUGCGAGGCGCUGGAGCGCUACCUGGCGAUGCGGGAAACGUUUCCCGAUUGGUUCAAAAAUCUCGACUGCAGUGAGCCGAUUAUGAAAGAGAUACUCGAAGAUGGUGUGUUUACGAAGCUCGGACAGAAUAAGGACGGUCGCACGGUGAUAAUGUUCAAUGUGAAACGGUUGAAUCCGGACAAGUUUCUUCCGAUGCACCAGGGUCGCUUGAUGGCCCUGCUGAUCGAGACCAUGCUCGAAUGGGAAGAGCUGCAGAUUGGUGGAUUUCAGGUGUGGUGCGAUUUUACCGACACCGUUAUGAAGCUGUACGGUUCGUGGGGAGUGACCGAUAUGAAGAUCUUCAUGGAUGCCGUGAACCGUUCGUACCCGAUUCGAAUCCGUGAGGUGAAUGGUGUGAAAUUCCCAAAGUUCGCCGUUUCCAUCCUUAAUCUCCUGCUAACAUUCGCCAGUCCAAAACUGAAGGAAAGAAUUGUGUGCCACAAGACCAUGAUGGAGUACAAGUCAAAGAUCGACCCAGAACUACUUCCAAAGGAGUACGAUGGUGAACUCGACACGGAUGAUCUGGGCCGCAAGUUCCGCAAGCAUCUCGAAGACCGGCGCAAUGUGAUACUGGCGCUGGACGACAUGGACAUUGAUACAGCAAAAUAUUCAUCCCUCUGGAACCAGUCGAACCUGGUGGAGAAUGAAGUCGAAGGUGGUGUGGCCGGUAGUUUCCGAAAGUUGAACGUGGAUUAAACUUUUGGAAGGUGUUGUGCACCAAGGAUUCAAUU